CAGCACUUAUCGUGAUAAGUGCUGGAAAGCAAUUAAAAAUAUAAAGGUUUACGGCGCUUUUCAGUACUUUUCGUGAUAAAAGCUGGAAAGCGCUUAUCAAAAACCAUUCUAAGCUAUAUUAAGCGGCUUAAUAGAUUAAAGUCACUUUUAGAAGCUUAAAAACGCGAUGUUUAAGCACUUUAAAGCACUUAAUUGUAGUGAUAGCUUAUUUAAGCCGCUUAAAAACAGCUUACAAAGGCAACAAUUUUCACAUGGGGUUCUGUUAGGUAUCUUUCUCUUAAGGAAUUAUGUGCCAGUCGAAAAUCAAAUCAUAAAAAUUUAUAUUAAUUUUUGCAGCAGUAUGAAUAAACUUCUCACUAGAAAGUACGGUUUUUUGAAAAGCUGAACUACAAUCGAAACCCCUGAUGCCAUAUUUCAUUACACUUGAAAGCCGAUGCCAGUGUCAGAUGUUACAAUAUAAACUACUAUGAUGCCCAGGAAUCUGAACUACUUAUCUUUCCAAAAUGGGAGACUCCUACUCCAUAGUCAAUGGAUACUUGCAUAUUUCUGUCACAGUAAGUAAGAUGUAUCUCAUUUCGUGUCGGAAGUACACAUUAGCUGCCAUAUUGAAGUCGUUCGAUAGUACUAUCACUGUAUACAUCUAAUAGAAACCUCUUUUUAAUUCCUUCAAGCUCAACUGUUUCCCGAAUGACUUUGUUAGUUUAGCCGUCAUUUUUUCUGUCCAUUGCUAGACCUCGCAAAUACACAGGCCAGAUGAGCACGCGAAUGCGAAAUGUAGUGUUCAGAACGCAUUACAUUGUCGAUUUAAUAGUAUGGGGUCGGGAACGAACUGGUAACCAGCUAUUGAUUUCUACGAAACCAUGAUAACUGUUUCUACAGUUCUCCAAGAAACUGAUAGUUUUGAUUUAUUAGUUUUUAAAACACUUUGUCCUUGUGUGCCAAUUAAAUCCCAAAGGCAGUAUGAAAAACAUCCAUCAUAAUAAGAACCCAUAUUCAAAGGACGGGGGACAUUUUGCGUUGUUAUCGGCCCCCAUAGAAAACAUCAUCCGUUUUUCAUGAAACUUUCAGCAUCUGUAGGGCUCAUAGUCUGUAGUCACUCCUAUAAAUUUCAGCUUGAUCGGUCAAGCUUUUACCUUACUUUAGUGGUCCGCCACAUAAGCCCCUAAGUGACCUAUAUUAGUGACCUUGUGUACCUUCGUUCUCAACUGUAUGAUUCAGAACCGGAGCCAUUUUUUCAGCAUGAAUAGCAAUUAUUAAGAGCUUCAAAAGUGCCCGAACAAGUGCCUUCAACAAACCUGCCUUCAAUUUUUUAUGAAGCACAUAGUACCCCCAGUAUAGGGUAAAAUACAAUGUAGUGAACCAUGUGUACCGUCGAUCUUCAUUAUAUGAUUCAGAAUCGGAGCCAUUUUUUCAGCAUCAAUAGUAAUUAUUAAGAGCUUCAAAAGUGCCCGAAUAAGUGUCUGCAACAAACCUGUCUUCGAUGUUUUAUGAAGCAUAUACUACCUCCAAUAUAGUCUAAAGUUCGAUAUAGUGAACCAUGUGUACCUUCGAUCUUCACUAUAUGAUUCAGAACCGGAGCCAUUUUUUCGGCAUCAAUAGUAAUCAUGAAGAGCUAGAAAAAUGCAGCUAUAUGUGACUACAGAGGGUGUGGGUGUGUGGAUGUGACUGCCGAUGAGUAUACGGCAAUCACCCACACCCACACCCUGAUUUCAAUAAAAUUGGUCCGCGUUAAAUUAUCCAAAUAUCUUUCUCUUCCAGUGAUAUAUUGGCAUGGUUUGACAAAUUCCGAAAUCAUUUUAACUCAAUUCGAUAUUUUUAUUUUGAUUCUCCUUUUGCAAUGUCAGAAUUUGAUUUUUACAAUCUUACUGGAAUCACAAAAUUAAACUUUCAGCUCCUAAUCAAGCUUCUGGUCGAUUCCAACAUUAAACAAUCAUCUAAUCGUUCACUUCGGAAUGCAGUAGAACUUUUCUUUAGAAAACUUAGAUUAGGAAUUAGCAACAAAUUUCUUACUACCAUUUUCCAAUUUUCAAAUCCUAAAGCUGUUUCUCGAACCCUUACUGCUGUUCGUGAAGCUAUGCUAACGCAUUUCGUGCCUUACUACCUUGGUUUUAAUCAUAUUUCUCGUCAAGAAGUCAUUAGCAAGCAUUCUUCUCGACUUGCUACUCAAUUAUUAACUGACAAACCAAAUAUAGUUGUAAUCGUAAUCGACGGUACAUAUUUGUAUAUACAGGUACGUAAUGUAUUAACUAUUUUAAGGCAUACAUCUAAGCAGUUCAGUGUGAGAAAUCGGAUUCGUCGUUAUCAUUAUGCAUUUGUUCGUGCUAUAGCCAAAGAUCAAAAGAUAAUCCUAGAACAACGCAAACUAAUAUGAUAGGAUCGAACUCAUUUCGAGGAAACUUGUAAAUAUGUAUUAUAUAUAUUGUAGUGGGUCCCUACUAUAAAUGCGAUGUUCUGAUAUCCUGAUUUUUUCCCCUUUAUUGUAGACAAAGGCUACGAUUCUUGACUUUAAAAAAAACUAAAUAAAAUGAAAAAAGCUUAAAAAGUAAAAAUUUUUCUAAAAAAAGUGUCACCUUGUUCUCGAUAGCUCAUUUUUUCAAUGUUCGAUCAGAGUGAAAUAUCGAUUUUUGUAGUUGGUGAUAAAUAUUUUUGUUGCAUUCUUAGAAGAGUGGGAACAAUGAAUUACAACGACGAACAUACAAUAUUAACAAGCACCGAUCUCUUGUUAAACCACUGUUGAUUACUACUACCACAGGUUAUAUUAUAGCAGCUUAUGGACCUUAUUUAUCAGACAGUUCAAAUUAUGACGCAGCUAUACAAAAAGAUAUUCUUAUUAAAAACAAGGAUGGCAUUUUAAAUUGGAUUGCUGAACAUGAUCUAGCUGUCGUUGAUCGUGGUUUUCGAGAUAGCACUGGAAUGAUGCGAGCACUAGGUCUUGAUGUAUGUAUGCCGGAUUUUUUAAAUGGUCGGCGUCGAUUCGAUGCACUUGAAGCAAAUCGAGCACGCUUUAUUAGUAAGAUCCGUUGUGUUGUUGAAUCGGCGAAUGGUCGUGUGAAGCACUUCAAAUGGCUAAAUGAGACCAUUCAAAAUACAACAAUCCCACAAAUACGUGAUUAUUUACAAAUUGCCUGUGCUCUAAUUAAUGCCUAUCGUGCUCCUGCUAUUUCUUCAUUUUCUAAUCGGGAUCAAAUUACUGCUACAAUGUUGGCGCAUCUUCAUGAACCAAACUUACUUCGUGCCCGUCUUAACAAUGAAGUUCUCCAUUGA